AUGGCAACUGGCAGGCCACCACGCCUCGUGUCCUCGCAGCCGCCGCAGCCGCCCGUGAAGCGCCUCGUCAGCGCGGGCUGCGACAACACAGCCAAGGUCUGGGGCUGCAGCAGCGGCGGCUGGGCGCAGGAGGCGCUGCUGCAGGGGCACACAGACUGGGUGCGGGACGCGGCGUGGGCGCCGAACCUCGGGCUGCCCAUCAACACAAUCGCCACGGCUGGCCAGGACGGGCAGGUCAUUUCUUGGUCGGAGCGCGCGGACGGCAGCGGCUGGGACAGGGCGGUGGUGCACGACUUCCGGACCCCCGUGUGGCGCGUGUCGUGGUCGGUGACGGGCGGCAUCCUGGCGGCGUCGGACGGCAACAAUGCGGUCAGCCUCUGGAAGGAAUCGCUGGACGGGACCUGGCAGCAGAUCGAGCAGUAG